UUUUUCUUUCACUUUCUCUCUUCGUUGUCUUUGAGUCACCACUAUUUUGUGUUUCUAAUUAACAUGACAUUGUCCUUUUCUUUGUGAUCUAUGUAUAGAUCUUUUUCAUCUAACACUUCCAACUUUUUGUACAGUACUCUUCAUCUCACUGAUUGGAUCAUGGAGCCAACUGCAGCGUGGGUACCUUUCAACGUCCAACUGUCGAACUGGACCAUGGAAUAUGCAGGAUGGGAUCCUGGCUACCCUGUGGAGUCAGAGUCGACUGAAAUGGUUGAGUUUGAGUAUGCAGCAGCCACAGACGAUGAUUCCGUUGACAAAGAAGAUCAACAAGAGUUUGAGCCUCACUUCCAUAAUAUGGGAAUGAAGAUCCCAAUCAAUCCUAUUCAUGUGUUUGAGGAUGCAGCACGUGAGUUCAAGGUUGAUAUCGACAUGAUGAAGAUGAAGAUCCAUAAGUACCCUCCGAGCAUCCAAGUUUUCGAUAACAAAUUCUUUACUGUCCCAAGGUUGGUGGCCAUUGGGCCUUACCACCAUGGCCAGAACCAGCUCAAGCAGGCUGAGAAAGCCAAAUAUGUGGCUGCCUACCACUGCAUCAUGGAGUCGGGUCACUCAGUCCAAGACAUGUAUGAUGCCGUUGUCACCGCCGCAUACGAUUCCCGCAGCCUUUACGACAAGGAUGUGAUGGCAGAUAUCAGCGAAGACGACUUCCUUCAUAUGAUGUUCUAUGAUGCUUGUUUCUUGGUGCAGUACUUUGCUCUCAGCACGAAUGGUUCGAGCACCAUGGACCCAUCGUUGCGUGGCUUCUUCGACUUCAACCGCAAGGCCAUCCGCCAUGACAUUGUGCUGCUCGAGAACCAGAUCCCCUGGCGUGUUGUAGAGGCUGUCUUGAGGUUCAGGCCCGUGGAUCUGAAAGCCUUCGUCGCGUUCUGGAAGAAGUACCUGCAGGACCGCAAGGUUGUCGUCGAAAAGCCUCUUGUGUUGGAUGAUAGCUUCGAGCCACCACAUCUCCUUGGCCUCCUUCGGUUCUACAUUGUGGGAAAAGGCAACACCAAGACACCCAUUGAAGUGAAAACCAACACGAUAUCAUUUUCUGUGAGUGCCAUUGAACUUGCUGAAAAUGGCAUCAAGCUCAAAGCCAAUGAGGAAGAAACAACCGAGCUCAUCCACAUGGGCGUCAACAAGAGAGGGAUCUUUGCUGAGCUCUUCAUGGCGCCGCUGUCGCUGGACGACGAACGUGCCAGCUUUCUCAUCAACAUGGCAGCUCUCGAGCUAUGCACGACCUCGAAUUUCCAAGAAGCUGAGCCUGAAGAGUCUGCAGUCUGCUCGUACCUUCUCCUAUUGUCCCUGCUGGUGCACAGGGAGGAGGACGUGCAGGAGCUCCGGACGAAGCAUCUCCUGCAAGGAGGAGCAGGGCUCGUCAACAAGGACGCUCUUACAUUCUUCACGAGACUUCAGAGCCUGCCCCUACGUGGAUCCAACUGCUAUGUCCGCAUCAUGAUGGAGAUUGAGAAGUACAAGGUCAAUAGGCAGAUGCAGAUCAAGGUCCAUGCGUUUUUUUACAAGAACAAGAGAACCAUCUUCGCGAUAUUCUCCGUAGUUGGUGUACUUGUCAGUAUCUUAGGGACCCUCAUGUCUCUCAAAAAGCGUUCUAUGGUUUAACUGCCUACUUCUUGGUGGAAUUGUCGGUGCACGGCUCCAAUCCCUCAAGGGUUCAAAUAAUACUGAUAUGCACCUAUAUAAGUAGGUGAUUGAUUUUCAUUUUAAGGUGCUGUUUGGUUCACUUAUUUGUAACA